AUGCAACAUGGCAUGCCCCCGGGCCACCACCCAAUGGCCGGACAACAUCCCAACGCCGGACAUCCUGGACCUGGAAUGGUACAACAAAUGCACCCUGGUGUCUCUCAACCGGGCGGGCCCCAGGUGAGCCAGCCCGGCCCCAUGAUGGGUGGCAUGCCCCCGGGCGCUGGCACCGCUGGUCCUGGCGGUCCCGUCCCGAACGCCCACGCCCUCUCCCAUCUGAACCCCGCGAAUGCGCACAUGUUUCAGCAGCAGGGUUUUCCUCAAAAUUGUGAGUUCUGCUUUUACAUCCAGCCCUACCAUAUUUUAUUCCCCUCAGGAAUCUCCUGGUCGUCUUUCACAAUCGACGCGCGACUGCCAGUGAUGGACUCUCUCUCCCCCAUCUCAACUGGAACCCCCAAGGCAAUCGUUCCUGCAUUACGAGUACAUGCUGAUGUUUUAUGUCUCGUAGUCGCGAAUAAUCCCCAAAUGAUGCAGCAACAGCAGCAGGCUCAGAUGUUUCGCCAGCGGGUCAUGAUUCAGCAACAGGCACAGGCACAAGCACAGGCACAGCAACAGCAGCAGCAGCAGCAGCAACAGCAACAGCAACAGCAGCAACAUGGUCUCCCUGUUUCAUUACCAAAUGGGACACAGGGGCUCAAUGCUGCCCAGAUGGCUGCAAUGCAAGCGAAUCCUAGAAUGAACCAAGUCAACAUGAUGCACCUUCAGCAACAGCUUCCUCACGGUCAGCAAGGCCUUUCGCAGCAGCAGAUUAUGGCUAUCCAGCAGGCGCAACAGCAGCAUGCGCAGCAGGCGGCCAUGGCAAAUAACGGACAACCCGGCCAGCAUACCCCCCAACUCUCAGCAUGGCGCACUGCCGCAAAGCGGAACCCCCCCAGCCGAACCAGCAAGCGCAAACCCCUUCGACACAACCACCGCAAUCACAAGGCCCUCAGCAAGCCCAAGCGACGCCAAACCCUCAACCCCAGCCAUUACCCCAGUCCCAGCAACCUGGUCAACAACAACCUCAACCCGGUCAGCAACAGCAGCCUCAACAAGGACCUCAAGGCCAACAGGAGAAAUUCUACUCUCCCGGCGGAGUGCUGCGCCAGGGCGUUUGGAGCACCCAAGGGGGGGUCAAAGCAAUUUGAGAUCUCCACUCCCGCGCUCGCGAGAUUUUAUGUCACACAAUUCAACACCGGUAUCAAGCAGAUUCAAUUGGUUGUCGAGGGUGCUCGUGAACGCGACUUGCCAAAUGGCGGACAUAUCGUGGAAGCCCCAAAGGCUUAUUUUAUCUACUCGUUCACCAAUGAGUGCCGACUAUUCACGCAUGGUCACCUUCGCGCAUACUUCGAUGUCAACAACAAGAUUGAUAUGCUGGACUUUACCGUCACCGGCCACGAUGAAUAUGUCCCACGGUCUAUGCUCCAGUCUCUCGAGGCGUCGGAGCAGAAGCAGAGCCCGAAGGCGACUAAAAAUUCCGGAAAGCGAGCGCAGAAGCAAGCGCCGAAUUUCACGCUACCAGAGUCGAUGGUGACCCCGAACGGCGUUCCCAGUGGAGUGUUGGAUUUCCUCGAGAUGGCAGAAACCAUCUCCCAUAUGCAAAUGCUCUUCAACUUCUCCCAACAGAACCCAAACCUCUCCCCACCUGAAGCCCUCCGCAACCUCGUCAACACCCUUCACACGCAGGGCCCAACCGCCCAAUUUGCGACCCCGAUGAAUCCAGGAAUGCAGCCUAUCCCUCGCCAACCCAGCAUGAAUGGUCCUUCGCAGUUCGCCUCUCCUGCUAUGGCCCAUCUUGGUCUUCCCGGGGCACAAGGCUCGCCCCAUCUGACCGGUUCAGCACAUGCGAGUCCUGCCCAGAGCCAGAUUGCCGGCGCUCCCGGAAUGCCCGUCCAGCCGUCGCCAGUCAUCAAUAAUAGCCCCAACGUUGGCGGCAACAAACGUCGACGUGCCAGUACCGUGAAGAUGGAGUCCGAGGAUGGCAACGAAGUCAAUGGCACUGGCGCACAGGGUGCGACCAAAGUGAAAGCCAGCCCUCGGGUACCAAAGAGACAAAAGGGAGCUGCAUCCUAG